UGACCUCGGUCUCCAAAACCUACAUAUUCGUCAUGUACCCAUGUACCAACAUGCUUAAUCAAACAUCAAUUGCCGGUAAUUGAGGUUUUAUAUUGGUGAUUGCGCUGACCUGACCUGUUUCACGUCAAGACCGAUCAUUAGUUACAAUUUUCUUUUUCUGGCACUGGGGUCAGCCACAAUCGCUUACGUACACCGUCAUCACAUCUCAUGGUGCUACCGUGUGUACUCUACCUACCCACCCAAGUCGAUCCCCGCCAGGCACAACCUCAGCAACAUUCUUCAAUCUGGCCUCUCUAAACCCCCUUCUCACGCCAUGAACCGACCCAGACGCAAGACGAAGACGCCGUGAAUCGAUCUCCGGCAUCGCUACCGGGAAACCAGACACUUUAUUCCUACAUACCUGGAUUGCAUUCAUCCAUCCAUCGGAACAACCACAUAGCGCACACCCAACAUGACCACACAGAGGAGCGGAUGGGGCUCGCUGCUCGGCAAUGCCGUUGCAGGCCUCGAGUCGCGGCUGGACAAUAUGCUGGCGGAUGAACAGGCCUCCGCAAAGCCAAAGGAAACUGCUGCUGCUGCCGUCGCGCAGGACCCGGGAAAGGCAGCAGCAGCAGACAAGCAGCGCUUGCAGCUUGAUCAAGUCUCCCGAAGCUCCUCCCGAAGCCGACCCAACUCGCGACUGCAGGAUCGGUUGGCGAAAGCCGUGAACAAGGGAAAAGAGGGGGCAGACCCGCGACCAUCGUCCGAACUUGGCUCCCGGCCAGAAAGUCCAGCACUGAAGACGACCGCUGCGCCAGAUGCUGCUCGUACGAGUAUCGACUCUAGAAUUUCAAUAUCAGAGCCCGCUGCGGAGGUAGCUGCUGCUGGAAAAGAUGGAGGAUUGAAAAACGAGGAAACGAAGUCAAACUCUCCAAGACCAUCGACCGAAGUUACGUCUCCGCCAAUUAUAUCAGAACAACCCUCUGCUGCCAUGCCGUCCAUGUCCAUACCGUCGCUCAAGCCUCCGCAAACGUCUUCGCCGCGCCAAUCCAUUGAAAGUGUCCGCUCACGGCCAUCGCUUGAAUCUUCUGUCGCCGGAGAGCCUGAAACAAAUCCUUCCAAUGAUCCCGACGUCCUACAAACCGAACUUUCGGCGCUGCAAAAGUCACACGAUGAGACUCUCCGCGAACACCGCGAAGAGCUGCAUUCUCACCUCGAGCGGAUAGAUGCUCUGCAAUCCAAGCUCGCAUAUCUCUCGCAGCAAUUGGCAACUUCAGCGAAAGCUGCAGCCGCUAGUUCAGACGCCACACCAGCGGAUAAAAAACUCGCAGAAAAGGAUGCGCAGAUUACAGCCCUCAUGGAGGAAGGCCAGAAGCUGUCUAAGACGGAGAUGAAGCACAUGACCACCAUCAAAAAGCUGCGUGCCAAAGCUGCGGAAACCGAGAAGGAGCUUACGACGCUCAAGCAGCGCUUAUCCAAAGCCGAAAAGGCCAUAACAGAACAGACAGAGCGCGCAAAGCGCGCCGAGACUUCGGAGAAAGCUGCACAGGAAAGACUGAAGGUUGUUGCCAAGAUUGAAAAGGAUAUUGAGCUGAUUCGAUCGGAACGGGAAGAGGCGGGUCUCACAAUCACAGAGCUCCGGCGGCAACUCAACGAUGCGUUAUCAAGAGCUGAAGAUGCAGAGAAGAGAGUGCAGAGCGGGGCUUUAGAAGCGGAGAAACGCGCUGCCGCGUCUCUGGCAGAAGACAUGGACAAUUUGCGCAUAGAAAAGAAGCUGGCCGAGGAUCGUGCAAAACGCGAGCUACAGAUGGCUAGAGACGAAACAACUGCGCAGCAAGAGAGGGCAAAACUUACCCAGCUCGAGCUGCGCGGCGAGAUCACUAAUCUCGAAUCAAAAUUAGAGUUGCUUCGCAGCAGAUCGGAGGAAGUAUCUUCUUCGGCGACUGGAGACUCACAAGCCAAACUGCUCCGACAAAUUGAGACUCUACAAACACAAUACGCACUUGCUUCGGAGAACUGGCAGGGCAUUGAGGGCACGCUAACUUCCCGUGUCGCCGCACUGGAGAAGGACCGUGAUGAGACAGCAAAACGAGAGUCAGAAGUCAGAAGAAAAGCCAGGGAUAUCAACUCCAAAGCUCGCCGUCUCGAAGAUGAGCUCGAAACCAUUAGCGACCGCUCCCGAACCCUUGAGCAAGAUCUCGCCGAACAGCGAGCGACGUCGCAAAAACUGCAAGCCAGACUUGAACAAGCAGAAACCCUGGCCAACGAAGCGCGCGCAGACCUCGAACGCGAGAAGAAGAUCAUGGAGGCCGACUUCCAACAGCGUCUUGAAGAAGAGAAGAGCAAAUGGCGCCUGGAACUGCAAUCCCACACCAUGGUCCCAGAUGCCACCAGCCACCUCCGCGCAGGCUCACCAGGGGCAUCGUACCGCAGAAACUCGCCCGACCCCCUCGGUCUCCUCAAUCGCCGCGCAACCCCUCGCUCCUUCGCACAAGACGUCCCCCUAUCGCCCAUGGACCGCAUGCUCGACGAGGCCCGGCGCCCCUCGAGCUCCCGCCAGCGCUCCCACCACACCCCCAGCAUCCGCUCUCCACCACCCGAAGCCUCUACUCCCCAGCACCCCGAAACCUUCCCAUCGUUCUCUUCAUCCGCGUCCGCCCUCAACGGCGGUAUCGCACCCACGCCCGCGUCCAACACGCCGUCCCUCGGCGGCGUCGAAUUCGACGAAUCGUCCUCCCCGCACCGCACCAUCAACGACAUGCUCAGCGUCUCCACCGUCGGCGCAGGCCCCUCAGUCCAACUCGUCGAGCGCAUGUCGGCGCUCGUCCGGCGUCUCGAGUCGGAAAAGGCGGUUUCCAAGGAAGAAACGGCACGCCUAGUGUCGCAGCGCGACGAAGCACGCGGAGAAGUCGUGGCGCUUAUGCGCGAGGUAGACAGCCUCAAGGAACAAGUCGAUAAAGUGGGCAGUGUGGAGGGGGAAAUGGCCGAGUUGAAGAAGAGGUACGAGGGUGCGCUUGAGAUGCUGGGGGAGAAGAGCGAGAGAGUUGAGGAGCUCGAGGAGGAUGUUGUCGAUCUGAAGAAGGUUUAUCGGGAGUUGGUGCAGACUAUGAAAUGA